AUGGGAUUUGGUCAAAGAUGGAGGGGUUGGGUUAUGGAGUGUGUGAGCACGUCCUCUAUGUCAGUACUGAUAAAUGGCUCACCGUCCAAGCCGUUCAAGAUGGAAAGGGGCCUGCGACAAGGGGAUCCUCUAUCCCCUUUUCUAUUCGUACUUGUUGUUGAUGUCCUACAUAGGAUGAUUGGAAAGGCUGUGAGAAACGGUCGUAUAUCGCCGUUGUUGGUUAGGAGAGAUCAUAUUGAGCUGUCGCACCUACAGUUUGCAGAUGAUACUGUCUUAUUCUGCCCUCCUGAGGAAGAGACAAUUAAGAACUAUAGGAGGUUGCUUCGAUGCUUUCAGUUGAUUGUGUUGGGAUGUAAGCAAGCCAAUCUACCAGUUAAAUAUCUGGGUAUCUCACUAGGAGCAAACCCAAGGAUGGUUAAGACAUGGAAGCCAGUAAUAGACAAAGUGGAGGAGAAGCUUAGCCUCUGGAAGGCCAAGAUCCUAAAUAAGGCCGGUGUUGCAGGUGGAAAUGGUCCCGGAGGAUAUAUCAAGCUACAGUUUCACAAGGACUAUUUGGAAAGGCCUGGUCCCUCCCAGAGUAGAGUUGUUUAUCUGGUUUGCCCUGAUUGGCAGAGUCAAUACGAAGGAGAGACUGAGUCAGCUUGGGGUCAUUCACCAAGAAGAUAA